AAAUCAUCUUCUCUUGAAAAACUGAAUAUUGGCUGUGACCUAUGUGGAACAUUAGGCUACUAGUCGUUUGACUCGAAGAUUAACUGGACCAGUUUCCGAACAUCAUACGGCGGGCUUCCAAGAGGAUUAUCAUUCACAUUCAGCAUUGAAGACAACUUUACAAAGCAUGAAUAAAGGUCAUUAGACACCUCACAGCUCCAUGAGUCAGCUCACUGCUGAUGGAAGAGAAGGCGUCUAGUAAGCCCUCCAUGGUGUCCAGACUGCCUAAGUUUGGUGCCCGCCCGCCGGGCGGCACCACUGUGCCAGUUGCCAAUGGCUCUGCCCAGGCUACGCCUAGCCCGGAGGGCAAGAGCGAACCCACCGGCAAGCCCAACGGCCUUGUCCGUGCCUCCUCCUUCUCGCUCAAGUGGAGGAAGGAGAACGGGAGCCCUGUGCAGCCUGCCAGCCCAGAGCAGGGCUCCGCGCCUGGGGAGAAGGUGGAGCGCGGCCGAGGGCCUCCUCACGGCUCUCCAGGGCCGAGAGAGAUCAGGAAACCGGGCACUCCUAUCACCAAGGCGCGACGCUUUGGCGCGGUGCCGGUGACCAUCAGCAGCCCCAAAGCCAUCCCCAAGCAGGCCUCCAAGAGGAGCCCGAGUCCAAAGCCCAUGCCAAAGCAGUCCCCCUCCAACCGCCCGGCCAGCCCCCAGAUCAACGGAUCCAGGCCGACCCAGAACGGCUCGUCCUCCUCCACGGGGCCCGGCAGGGGCUCUGGUCUGCUGCGUCCGCGGGCCAGCUCCUCGUCCCCGCGCAGCUCGCGGGACGUCCUGUCCCAGUCCAGCGACAGCCUGAAGACUCUGGCGAUCUCGCCCUCCUCCUCCGACAGCAUGGUGCGCUCCCAGAGCUUCACCAACUUCAAGCAGCUGCCCUCGCCCAGCGGCGAGGUCAUCCCGCGCUCCUUCUCCUUCAACCGGGCCGUGGAGCUGGCCAAGCCGCUGGCCAACACCCAGCUGCGCCCGCCCGUACUCCGGGCCCCGCACGUCCACGCCAACGGCCGGGCAUCCGGGCAGCAGCAGCAGCAGCAGCUCAGCAAGGGGGGCUUUCUCGAGCGGCCCUCGGCCUUGGGUGCGGCAGGGUCGGCGACGCCCCCUAGCGCACUGAGGAAGCCCCUCCUGCCCAACUGCGUGCUGACGAAACCCUCCGGCCUUGCCUAUCGACUGACGCGGUUAGCCGGGAACAAGCCACAGCGCCCUCUGCUGGCUGGGAGGAUGGCUGGUGACGGGAAGGCGGAGGAGGGCAGGGGAGGGGAUCCUGCGACUGACAGUGAGGUGUCGCCAGUCACUUCCCCCGACUUUUCUGCUGACAGUGACAAGGUACUUUGUCCAGAUAACCCUUCCGAGGACCACUCUGACCAGAGGGAGAAGGACCCCAGUCUUCCGUGUCCAGGGGAAGGGUUGGAGGACAUGUCCCUUUCAUCAGCAUCCUCCCUGGACCGAAACGACACCAGUGAGGAGUUCCUCGAUGACUUCGAUAACCUGGGAGACCAGUCACAUGACGGCACGCCUGACAACAGGCAGCGGUUGGCAGCGUCCAGCCAGGCGCGACUCCGCAGUUUCCUGAAUGAAACCAUGGACUGGACAGGAGGGAAGACUGAUUAUGGGGUGCAGGCUCCCCCCCAUGCCCCCCUGGCCGAGUCUCCGGAGCCCGACUUCCCUCCGGGCUCGUCUCUGGAGCUGUCGCCGUCCAACAGCUCCGGGGGCACCUACAUGUGGGACGAGGAGGGCCUGGAGCCCAUGGGCCACAACUCACACUGCUGCGGCAGCUAUGACUCAGAGGGCAUCUGUGGGGACAUUCUUAGCAACCUUGACAAUUUGGAGUCAUGUGACCUUGAAGAUGAUGACCUCAUGCUGGACGUGGACCUGUCGGAGGAUGUGUCUCUGUGCAAUGAUGCAGACGGGAUGGCCCACUUUGAGCACUCGGACCGAGGUGGCCGACAGGGCCACUGGAGGCGGAGGCAGCACAGGCUGAACGGACCUGACCAUUUCCACAACGACAACAGCAGGCCGGUGGCGUAUGACGGCGUGUGUAGGCUGGGUCCCAGGGCCCUGCAGCAGCCUGCAGGGAGGGGCGACGCCCACGGGGGGGCGCUGGACGAGCUCACGCUCAAACACAUGUCCCAGGACUGCACCUUCGUCAAGAACCAGCUGCUGAAGCUCAAGAGUCUGCUGCAGUUGGAAGAUGGUGCCGCGAUUCCAGACAGUCCAGAAUCCAUUGAAGACAGCAGUGCUCUCCAGUUGCAGGAGCUGAUGAGAGAGGUGCAGGAUCUGAGGGAAGAGCUGCGAUGUAAGGACCGCACCAUCGCUCAGCUCACGCAGCAACAGCAUCUCCACAAACAGCAGCAGCAGACAGCUGCUGUGAGGUGCCACUGCCAGCAGAGGGCAACAGUGUCCAGGCUGGACAGACGGACGCACCACGACAAAUCCACCCAGACCCCCUGGAGAGGCCCUGCGCCUCCAGUUCUACAAGCUUCCAGCACCUCCCCCAGCAGGCCCCACACCAAGGGAAGCCUAGCAAGACCAGCCCGCACAGAGGGCCGCAGUGACCUCGGGCCAGCUCGGGUGGAGUCCCUCGGCCAGUCGGCCUCCACCCCGGAGUUGGACGGCGCAGUUGUCACCGCUGCCCUCCGGCCCCUGCCUGACCCGGAGGAGCUCAGCGUGCUGCUCAGCAGGCACCUCAAGAUCCACGACAGCGAGGCUCCGACGCUGCCGACGCCCCCCAGACCUCGGAGUCUGGGCCACCCGCCCAGCUUGGAGAGGCCGCUGCUGGGGGAGAGGGCUCUGCAGGGCUCCAGGUCUCUGACCCAGCUGCCCCUCAGCCCCCGCGUCCUGCAGCCUCCCCGCGUCCACAAGCGAGUGUCCAUCCCGGUCCUGGGGACGCAGGGGGACUCCAGAGCGUCCUCUGAUGGCGCGGCGAAGCCGAGUCUGAAGCCUGGGUUCGCCGCGAACUCAAGGCAGCUCAAGCAGCUCCCACCUCCGUCCAGGGGCCUCCCCUGCUUCAAUUCCGGGCCCCAGGGUGGAGGUCCAAGCCUGGCCGCAAUGCUGCUGGCCCAGUCCAAGCCCCUGGGGCUGAAGAGAGAGCCUCCUCACGUCCAGGGAGAGAAGGACACGGGGCAGAGUCCCAGGACCCGCACCCUGGUCCCCAUCAACCUCUUGACAAGAUUCCCCAAGCUAGGCAAGGCUGCUGCUCAGGACCCAGAGUUUGGUCCACGUAAGUCUCUCGAGGAGAUACUCCAAGCCAAAGAUCUACCACGAACUAAGCUCACCUGAGCUGGCGCACACCUGUGCAGCUUGCUCCGAACAACCCGUCCUUCAGCUAUGACUCUUGACUCAGCCUUAGGAGAGACUGAUGAAGAUUCAUGAAGAAUAUGUAGCAUGCUCAGCUUCACUUAUAAAAAAGUAGACACACAUGCACACAUGUGUGAGAGUGCGCGCGCACACACAGACGCACACACACACACACACACACACACACACACAAACAAUGCUGCCACUUUGCAGGUGUUGGAUGUAGAGAACUUCAAGCUUUUCUCCUUUGCCCACCAGUAGCUGCUCCUCUUUUCUAUGCAUAGGUUCACAAUCACAGUGGAUUUUAUACGCAGUUUGAGAUGUUGUGGUGUUUUUUGAAGUAAGUUAUAUUUCUCAGGAAAUGCCAUACAUAAAAUCAUCUCACACCACAGGACCUUUUGUAAACACACACACACACAAAAAAAAAUCUUUUUGGUUGGGUUGAUCCUCCUGGCAAUGGCCUUUUUCGGGGCUUCAGAAGGGGAGAGCAUCUGCCAGAGUCUUUGAUAUAUCAGCCCAUUUGUACUCGUCUGGCUCACAGCAAAGCGUGCUCGUUUUCCAAGGCUCUAUUUGCCAGUGUGGAUAAGAAGUUUGCUUAGCUGAUAAGAGCAUGUGAGUGGGAGGGUGAAGAGUGUAGAGUUAGGCAUGUAACACAUUUACUCAGAAAGAUGGUGUUGUUAUUACACACAAGAACCCUAUAGUUCCGCACAGAUCCAUACUCAUAUACAUACAUAUACAUAUAAAUACAUACAUACAUACAUACAUACAUGUCAGUGGAGGGGUAGUGGUAUGUGACAGAAGUUUGUGUAGUCUCUCCAUGAUAACAGGCAUGUGUCACAUAAACAGAAGUGACACAACCUAUCAGGGCCAGGUGUGAGUGUCAUAUUAAAGGAAGGGAUGUAUGAGGAGGAUGGGCUUAGAUUUCCUCAGACAGUAUCUCAGUACCCCCCCCCCCCCC